GAACAGCCUGGGCCGGGCUGGAGGAGCCUCGGCGGCGAGAAGGGAAUCCGGACUCCGUUUUCUUUGAUGCCACUGCAGCAUCUGGCAGCUGGGAAGGCGCCCCAGAGCGGGCUCGCCAAGCGGGACGCGGGAGUCUCGGAGAAAGACCCCGGCCCGGCCGGCUCCCGGCAGAGUUUGCAAGUGGCCGGAACCCCUCAGGUAAGGGCUGCCUGCCGCCUGGGCUGGGUCAGAGGGAUCCGCAAAGAAUCCAUGAGGAAGCCUGCGGGGAGCUGCUGGGAACCGACUCCUGCCCUCCAUCUGGGCUCCUAGUUCCAGUUGCUCCCCUGCUGACCUGGGGCUCAGCGCUCAGAGCCAGGUAACAGCCCCGGGGCCUAAUGCUUGACUGGAUGGAAGCCCCCCAGCCUCUGUUUCAACCAGGUGGACACGUGGAGAUGGGUCUCCAGCUGAGGAAGAGACUAGAAAUGGAAAUUGUGCGGUUGGACAGGCUGAGGAGCUGAGAAGGGGCAAGAAGGGACGGUGGCUGCUGGCCAUCCCGACUCCUCCAAUGACUAUUUUCAAAGCUCUGUGGGAACUCUCUGAGGCAAAGAGCAAGAUGGAGCGUAAUGGGACCAUCUCCUGGGUGUCUCAAGCCUCAAAACUGCUCUCCUAGCCCAAAGAAGCUCACCUUGACCUUGGGAAGGCUGGUGAACCCCACUCUCCUUGCUCUUCACCUCACCCCAACCCUAACCAGGCCGACCUUCCCCUCCUGGACCUGGUCAUCACCUUCACUGAGGGAAUAAGCUGAACAGCCCCAGGGGCUCCCUUCCUAAGGGAAGUUUGGGAAACAAAGCCCCCCUUCACCUCCUCCCCGGACCGCCCCAGCGAGCCCCUGCGCGUCAUUCCGGAAUGAUCCCGCUAUGGCCAAGCUCUGGUUCAAAUUCCAGCGGUACUUCCGCCGGAGACCCGUGCGUUUCUUUACCUUCCUGGUGCUCUACCUGACAGCCGGGAGCCUCGUCUUCCUGCACUCUGGCUUCGUGGGUCAGCCGGCCGUCUCUCAGGGCCAGGGGAACCCCGCUGCAGGGGCCCCGGCCGAGGGUGCGGAGCUGCCCUUCUUGGGUGACUUGCAUCUGGGAAGAGGUUUCCGGGACACGGGUGACGCCUCCAACAUUGCCCGCCGGUAUGGACCCUGGUUCAAGGGCAAGGAUGGGAACGAGAGGGCCAAGCUGGGAGACUACGGUGGAGCCUGGAGCCGAGCCCUCAAGGGGAGAGUCGUCAGGGAGAAGGAGGAGGAGCGAGCCAAGUACAUCGGCUGCUACCUGGAUGACACCCAGAGUCGGGCCCUGCGAGGCGUGUCCUUUUUCGACUACAAAAAGAUGACGGUCUUCCGUUGCCAGGACAACUGUGCUGAACGGGGUUACCUGUACGCCGGGCUGGAGUUCGGCGCCGAGUGCUACUGCGGCCACAAGAUCCAGGCCGCCAACGUGAGCGAGGCCGAGUGCGACAUGGAGUGCAAGGGCGAGCGCGGCAGCGUGUGCGGUGGCGCCAACCGCCUCUCGGUCUACCGGCUGCAGCUGGCCCAGGAGGCGGCCCGCAGGUAUGGCAGCGCUGUCUUCCGAGGCUGCUUCCGCAGGCCCGAGAACCUCUCCCUGGCCCUGCCGGUGACGGUCGCGAUGCCUAACAUGUCUGUGGACAAGUGCGUGGACCUCUGCACAGAGAAGGAGUACCCGCUGGCGGCCCUCGCGGGCACCGCCUGCCACUGCGGGUUCCCCACCACGCGCUUCCCCCUCCAUGAAAGGGAAGAUGAACAGCUCUGUGCCCAGAAGUGCAGCGCGGAGGAGUUUGAGAGCUGCGGGACCCCCAGCUACUUCAUCGUGUACCAGACACAGGUCCAAGACAACCGCUGCAUGGACAGACGGUUCCUGCCAGCCAAGUCCAAGCAGCUCAUCGCUCUGGCCAGCUUCCCGGGCGCCGGCAACACCUGGGCGCGCCACCUCAUUGAGCUGGCCACCGGCUUCUACACUGGCAGCUACUACUUCGAUGGUUCUCUCUACAACAAAGGGUUUAAAGGUGAACGGGACCACUGGCGCAGCGGGAGGACCAUCUGCAUCAAGACGCAUGAGAGCGGCCAGAAGGAGAUCGAAGCCUUCGAUGCCGCCAUCCUGCUCAUCCGUAACCCCUACAAGGCCCUCAUGGCAGAGUUCAACCGCAAGUAUGGCGGCCACAUCGGCUUUGCUGCCCAUGCCCACUGGAAGGGCAAAGAGUGGCCCGAGUUUGUGAGGAACUACGCCCCCUGGUGGGCCACCCACACGCUGGACUGGCUCAAGUUCGGCAAGAAGGUGCUGGUGGUGCAUUUUGAGGACCUGAAGCAGGACCUCUUCAUCCAGCUGGGCCGGAUGGUCAGCCUGCUGGGGGUGGCCGUCCGGGAGGACCGUCUGCUCUGCGUGGAGAGCCAGAAGGACGGCAACUUCAAGCGCUCGGGGCUCCGGAAGCUGGAGUAUGACCCCUACACGGUGGACAUGAAGAAGACGAUCUCUGCCUACAUCAAGAUGGUGGAUGCAGCCCUCAAAGGGAGGAACCUCACGGGGGUUCCCGAUGACUACUACCCCAGAUGAUGCGGCAGAAGGGGGAGGGAGGCUGGGAGUCCUGAUCAAGCAGGGCCUGAGACUCGAGACCCUGGGGGGCCCCAUCUGUCAGCUCUUUGGUUUGGGGAAAACCCCCUUGGCUGCUUUUGCCUUCAGUGAGUUUCCUGCAUGACAAAGGGAGCUCAAGAGAAGAGAUUGUCCAGGUACUCCCCACCCUAACCUCACCCCCUGGAGAAGGAGAGGGCUGCUGGCUGGAGGAGUUCCAGCCACAUGAAUCCUUUGCUGUCUCCCCCUCUCUACUCCACCACUUUGGGUUCAACAUGAGGGAGGAAGUGCCGCAGCCUGUGGGUGCCCCCUGCAGGUUUGGAGGACCUUGAUGCACGAGCUAAAGGGACUUUUGUAAGAAAAGGGGCUGGGGCUGCGUUUCCCCCCUGGGCUGAGCAUUAAGUGCCCCCCCCUUCUCUUCUCCACCCGGGCAGCCAUGUCACCAAGGUUUUUGCAGGUCACCUCCUGUCUGAAGAAAGAUUGCUGGGAAGCUUCUCCGUGGCCUUAGGUUUCUGACACUCUGGGUGGGGGGCGGAAGGCAACGGUGCUCGUGGUUCAUUGGCACCACCCUGUGGGGGUCAUGGCAUCAGCAGCCCACCCCAGGUCACAGCCUCCUGAGAAACAGUCUUUCCACCUGCCCUUUUCCUCCCUAUGUCAGGUCAUCUUGGGGUUCUAGAACCUACUUCCAGGGGUUCCUAAGGCACCAACAGUUAUCCCACUGAGGCGGCCCUGUAGUCUCGCACGCAGAGCCUGCGUCAGACCGGGAGCCCCAGUGACACCCUCUCUCCAUGGGCCCAGCAUGGAUCUCAUGUGCCCUGUUGACCACCAGCGGGGCCUGUGUGCCCAGGUGUGAGAGGGCGCCCAAUCAGGCAGAGCCACGCCCAAAAAGAGACCCCCUGGAUCAUAAUCCCACAGGGCUGCUUAGGGGACCCUUUAAGGAACAGGAUGAACUGGAAGGCUUUUCACUUUCAUGCAAAUGCUGCUUUCUUGAUGCCGAGACAUCAAACCAAAGGAUUUCCAAGAACCCGAGUCACUGAUCACCACGGAAAACGUGGAGCCAGGGUCCCAGCUCUGCCCCUGCCUUGGCCGCCAGUGGCCGCUCAUCGGCCACACGGGCACCUGCUCCGGCCCCACCGUGUAGAGGCAAAAGCCAUAAGUCACAGCUCUUUGCUCUCCUGUCCAGAGCAGCCCGCCCCAGCAGUCCCUCUGAAGCCUCAGGGGGCAGGUCAGUGCUCGUUCCCAAAUAGCCAAGAGACUAUGGAGAUGGCGAGUGUAAAGAGAUAUAUUUUUUUAAGAGGAAUAUGACUAGUACAUUCCCCCCCGGGACCUGGCCGUGCGUAGAGAAAGCCCAGGCACGAGACCUGGGCCCUCCUCCCGGACCCCCCACCCGCAGGGUCUGGGCCUCCCCGGGGCCAGCCAGGGGGCUCUGAAUGUAUUUUGUACCAUGUUUCUUUCCCCGGGCUUAUUUCUAGUCUUCUUCAGAGAGGCUGAGGAGGACUUGGCCUCCCUCCCUGGAGGUCGGCUCUCUCCGGGAGACUCUUGGCCCAAGAGCUGGGCCAGUGCUUUGCGGUGGCCACUUCUGGCCACCCGCCUCUGUCUGAAGAUUCCUCAGGUCAACACCAUCAUUAAAAGCAAGUUUUAUUGAAA